AUGCCAUCGUCUGUACGAGUCCGGGUGGUGGAGGCGAGGGAUCUGCCGGAGAUGGACCGCACCGUCAGGGGGGAGUUCUGCACAGAUGCUUACGUGGACAUCAAGUUCCGCAACUAUGAGCAGCGGACGGCUGUGUGCAAGAAGACCUUAAAUCCGUACUGGGGGGAGGAGUUCAAGUUCGAGGUGGCCGACGACUCGGUCCUACAGAACGAACCCAUCGAGUUCAAGGUGAUGGACCACGACGUGUACACCACCAACGACGCCAUCGGCUUGGUCUACGUGGACCUCAGCCCCCUCUUCAUGCGCACCGCGGAGCGGGACCAGGAGAGCCGGGACCUUACGGUGCAGGGCUGGUUCCCGCUGUACGACACGCUUCGAGGCGUGCGCGGCGCUCUCUGCCUCGUCAUCAAGGUGCGGUUUAUUGGGGAUCAGAACCCUUUCAGGGAGUCUUCCGCCGGGGUGCAGUUCUUCGGAGUGUCCACCCUUAACCCGGAGCUGUACACCGUGCAGAAAGUGGUGGGUCUUGUGGACGAGCUGGUAGUGGACAAUGACCCGGAGUACCAGUGGAUGGACAACUUUCGCCAGGCGCGCACGAGCAACGAGAGCCGCCAGAGCCUGCUGUACAAGCUCGACGCCACCGUCCGCCGACAACUAGGGAAGAAGGUGCUAGAUCUCGGGUGCAACGCGGUGCUGGCCUACCAGCAGGACUUCGACGUCGAGGGAGACAGCGGGAUCGUGGCUCGGGCAUACGGCACCGCCUGCGUCAUACAGCGGCGAGAGCAGCACUCUGACAUCACCAAGGCCAGCGAACUCUCUCACACUCGCCAGGACACGGGGGGGACGGCGUUGGUCUAUCCCCGGGCAGGCGUUUUCAUGGUGCCGGAGGAGGAGGAGGAGGAGGAGGCACAGGCUUCGUCCAAGACUCGGGUUUCUCCCCCGUGGUGUGUGUUCGACGCACGCUUUGCUGUAUGCGGCUGCUGCUCGUACUUGUUGGUCUUGAAGUUAUAA